CUUGAUAAAGUUUUGGCUUCUCGGCGCACGUGGUCCGAACAAAUACGCAGUAGGGUCCCGUUUGAAAGUGAUCUGUUAAAUUCAAUACAUAACUAGCAGAUACAAAAAAUGGGUGCACCGAUGAAGAAGAAGUAUGAGGCCGGGGAAGCCACUAAAUACAUUACAAGAGCUCAAGCUUUAAAGAAGUUGCAAUUGAAUUUGAAAGACUUUCGUCGUCUCUGCAUCUUGAAGGGAGUUUACCCACGAGAACCAAACAACAGGAAAAAGGCUCAGAAGGGAAAACUUGACAAAAAGACUUUGUACUAUCUUAAAGACAUCAGAUUCUUGAGUCAUGAGCCUCUAAUAUGGAAGUUCAGAGAAUUCAAAGUUUUUAUGCGAAAAAUAAAGACAGCAUUGGAAAAGGGUGAUAAAGAAACCGUUGCACGACUGAAAGAAAACAAGCCCAGCAUGAAGUUGGAUCAUUUGGUUAAGGAAAGAUAUCCUACAUUUAUGGAUGCCCUGAAUGACCUGGAUGAUUGCUUAACUCUGUGUUUUUUCUAUUCAACAUUGCCUCGAGACACCAAAGUCCCAGCAAAUCUAAUUUCACUCUGUCGAAGGUUGACAGUAGAAUUUUUACACUAUGUUAUAGCUGCCAAAGCUUUGCGCAAAGUCUUUAUUUCUGUUAAAGGCAUAUACUAUCAAGUAGAAAUCAAAGGCCAGCCUGUGACUAUUCUUAUUAAUCAUCAACGAGGCUUCAAGCCUACUACCGCAUCUGAUGUGGAUUACAGAAUCAUGACCAAUUUCGUCGAUUUUUACACAUCGAUGCUUGGAUUUAUAAAUUUCCGACUCUAUCAUUCGAUUAAUCUUCAGUAUCCACCAAAGCUUCCCGGAAUUACUGUUAAAGAAGAUGCAACGGAUGAAGAUGCGGUUGAAGAAUAUAACGAACUAGUGGCUGCUUUGAAUUCAAGCCUUGUUACAAACGUACCCCAGGCCGAAGAAGAAGUUCAGAUCGACGAAUUUCCUUCGGCUGAAGGAGCAGAAAAACUUGAGGAAGCGAAAAGGGAAGCUGAAGCAAUCGAGCGACUUCAAAACCUCUUUAAAGGUUUAAAGUUUUUCAUUAGCCGUGAGGUUCCACGCGAGUCCGUAGUUUUUGUGAUCCGGUCGUGUGGCGGUGAAGUUUCGUGGGAUUCUUCCAUAUUUCCUGGUGCAACAUAUGAUGAAACUGAUGAAAGCAUUACUCAUCAGGUUGUUGAUCGACCUUCGGUUGAGAACCAAUAUCUUUCACGUUAUUAUAUUCAGCCUCAAUGGUUAUUUGACUGCAUUAACUUCCGCCGGUUACUUCCAGUUGAAGAUUAUUUCAUUGGGGCUAAUCUGCCGCCUCACAUUUCGCCCUUUGUCACUGAGCGUCUGGGUGACUACAUUCCCCCUGAGCGACAGAUGCUCCUGGCGCUACAACGUGGAGAAUCUCUACCAGCUGAACAAGAGGAAGAAGAGGAGGAGGAGGAGACUGAGGACGAUAGCAGUGAUGAAGAGGAGGAAGAAGGCAAAGUUGAAAAGAAAGAACCCACAAAGUCCCAAGUGGUUAACGAGAAAAAAGGCAUGAAAGUAUUGAGGGGCCGUGUGGAAAUGCCAGACGUUAAAGGCAUGGAUGAAGAAGAGAAGGAGCACUACAAAUUCCGCGAGUUGAUGAUUCGUAACAAAGAUAAACGACUCUACCGUUCUAUGAUGAAAAAUCGUAAGAACCGUGAACGAGAAGCUAAACGUUUGGAGAACAAGCGCAAAUACCACGAGAAAGAAGAAAAAAGUCUCAAAAAGGCGUCUUCAGGAAAAGAAUUGACCGCGAAAUGGUCCAUUCAACCUCUGACUACGACCUCAGACACGCAAAUCAAGAAAAUGAAGAUGGCUACCGAAUCAUCGGCUAAUGACACCAACAACCAUGCCGCGGUCGAAGCCACCAUCGAUAAUGGUAGCAACAGUUCCGGGCCAUCUCCUUCGUCUGGUUGGAGUCGCUUAUUGAGGAAGUUCUUCGACCGCCCUUCUUCCCAGCAGAAACAUGCUGACAAGAACCGCAUUAUUUUGGAGAACCUUAACAACAUUCAAGCUAAUCCAGAAACAGCCAAUACUACUUCCAACGUAGCCUUUCACGACGAGGAAACGGUGGCUAUUAUUACCUACGUUAACAAGAACGUUAACAGCUGCAAACUGAUGGAAGUCAACUACCAUUUCCAAGCAGUGGAAGUGUUGAAGAACUUGUCGGUUUUCAUGCCCAUUUACCCAGUCGAUACUCGAACCAUGGUAAAUCUAAUAAAGCAAUGCCAGUACCUCAGGGGACCAGUCGAAUCGAGUGGAAGAGGAUGGACAUCUAGAUCCAUGAGAUCAGAAAAUUCGACUUCCUCCAGCUCCUGGACGACUUUUGUCACGACUAUUGUUCCAGGAACGAAAUGGUGUGGUCCAGGAGAUGUUGCCCAGUCUUACGAUGAUCUGGGUGCUUUGGUCGAAGUGGACAAGUGCUGCCGGGCACACGAUCAUUGUCCUAUUAAAGUGAAAGGUUUCGCCAGCGCCCAUGGCCUGAUGAAUCUGUCCUUCUAUACCAAAUCUCAUUGUGCAUGCGACGACGAAUUCUUUAGCUGCUUAAAGGCACUUCCGACUCCAGUAUCUCGGAUGAUAGGCAAUCUCUAUUUCAACGUAAUCCAAAUGCCGUGCGUUGACGAGCUUCAGUUGGCCGUUGCAGACGGGCUACCCAAACCCAAACUAGAAAUUUUGCAACCGGAGUUGUGUACGGCAAAAAUCUCAAGGAGCGGAGAAUGCACUGGGCCUUCUGUCAGGAGGCCUUUCCAGCCGAGACCCUAUAAAUUCGUCACUAUUAACCGUGUAUUUUAAUUUGAUUCUUAGUCCCCUGCAAUUUCCUCUCUAAGUAACGACAAAAAAAACAAAAAAAAAAAAAAAAAAAAAAAAAAGAACUUUAGUUGUUCUCGCAUCCUCAAUAUACUGACGGAUUUUUUUCCACCA